GGCUGGCUCACCUAGCAAGACAUAUGAGUCUCCUAUAUCUCCAAGCAGGGAUGGUCUUAUAAGUAACAAAGUCUUGCCUUUCUCCAGAGAGCUGACAUUCCCCAGCCCAUCGUCACCAUGGAGACCCCGAACAACUAUGUGCUGAUCCAUGGGAAGAACAUAUCCCAUAAUACCAUUGUGGGCUCCGCUGCUGGGGCCCACAUGUCCAUCGACAAACUGUUCCCAGCUCUCCUUGAGUGCUUUGGUAUCAUAUUGUGUGGUUACAUAGCUGGCAGGGCAGAUAUCAUCACAGAGAGCCAGGCGAAGGGUUUGGGCAACUUUGUGUCUAAGUUUGCUCUUCCAGCUCUGCUCUUUAAAAACAUGGUGUUGCUGGACUUUGGAGACGUCAUCUGGGCGUUUCUCUGGAGCGUCCUGGUUGCUAAGGUGACAGUGUUUGUGCUCGUAUGUGUGUUGACACUGAUGGUGGCCAGUCCAGACAGCAGGUACAGCAAGGCGGGUCUGUAUGCAAUCUUUGCUACGCAGAGCAAUGACUUUGCCCUGGGAUACCCCAUAGUUGAUGCUUUGUAUCGGAGCACAUAUCCAGAAUACCUCCAGUACAUCUAUCUAGUUGCCCCGGUCUCCCUCAUGCUCCUCAAUCCCAUCGGCUUCGCUCUUUGUGAGGUGCAGAAGUGGAGGCAGGCCAGCCAUGUUCAGCACAGCACUCUUGGCAUCCUGGGAGUUGUAGUCUUACAGGUGUUGAAGAACCCAAUAGUGUUUAUGGUGAUAGUGGGAAUUGUCUCCCAUUUUGCCUUGGGCCAGCGUAUCCCCGCUGUGUUGUCGGAGUUCAUAGACGGCCUGGCCAACUCCUUUGGAGGCGCAGCCUUGUUUUACCUAGGCCUCUCUAUGGUCGGCCAACUUAGAAAACUAACCAGAGACACUGGAGUUGCCUUGAUACUUCUCAUCACAGCCAAGCUCCUGGUGAUGCCCCUGGUCUGUAAAGACAUGGUGGAUAUUCUUGACGUAGGAGUCAACAGCACGAGUGCCAACCACACCAGUUUGUCCAACUUUGCUUUCCUAUAUGGAGUCUUCCCCACCGCACCUAGCGUGGCCAUCUAUGCCGCACACUACAACGUGGAGUUAGAGGUGGUAACAUCAGGGAUGGUUAUCAGUACGUUUCUGUCUGCACCGAUCAUGUACGUGUCGGCCUGGUUAUUAACAAUCCCGCUAAUGGACCCGACCCCGCUGGUGACGGAGCUUGAAAACGUUAGCUUCAACAUCAGCAUUGUCAGCCUUCUAGCACUGGUGUGGACCAUCGCUGUGAUGUUGCUCAGCAGGAAAUUUAACAGACUUCCUCACCUCUUUGCCUUAAACCUUUUCCUGGCUCAGUUCUUGGUGUGUGUCAGUAUGAUCCUGUGGAACUUCCUUGUGAAACAAGAGGAUAAUCUGCUCGGCAAAAUUCUCACCUUCACACUGCUCUACGGGUCUCUGUACAGCACCUACAUUUGGACAGGCUUAAUCCCUCUGUGUCUGGCUCUGACUAACAGAGAUGAUCUGCUGAGACUCCGACCAGGAGUAUUCAUGAUUCUGGGUUGGGGGGUGCCCUUCCUCAUGGUCGGAAGUCUUCUCAUAUCAGGAGAGAGGACUGAAACCAUGGACUCUGCCUUCUUCUAUGGCAGAGCUCAGAUAAUCAGCACAGCAGUGGUGCUUGCAGUCAGUCUGGUGCUUGGUGCAAUAUCUCUGAUGGGUCUCAGCCAGGGAGACAGGGAGCAGAGCGGCUACCAGGCCCUGAGCAGAGCUGCAGUAACAGGCAUCAACGAUGAGCUGAGGACCCCUGGUGGCUUGGAGGAUCCACAACAACCACAACAACAGACACCCACUGCAAAUUCACCUGCCUGCAGCAUCAAUUCAGACCUCCACAGUUUCUCUCCUGUCCAGACCAUACCUGACAUGAUAGCCAGCACACAAAGGGAGCACACAAACAACACAGGCCACAGUGGGGCGCUGUGUGACGGGCAGCACCAGAGUUCUUCCUCCUCAGAGCAACCGCUAAACCUGCCGCCACCUGGGCUCCAACCCACCGAUGAUAAACAGACGGUCAGACACGUCCUGCUCUGUCUGCUGCUCAGUGUCAGUCUGCUAGCGAACCUGUCCAGCUGCCUGUGGUGGUUGUUUAACAAAGAUCCAGGAAGACUUUACCUCGAACUACAGUUCUUCUGUGCCGUGGCAAACUAUGGACAGGGUUUCCUGUCCUUUGGGAUCUUUGGUCUGGACAGACACCUCAUCAUCUUGCCUUUCAAGAAAAGGUUGCUCGGCCUGUGGCACGGCAGGGACAGUGAGGAUCUGAGUCCCUCAAGUGUACCAGAGGAGGUCAGGCUCACCUGCACCCAGUUUGUCCGCUACCACAAAGAUCAGUGUGUACAAGACAUAGUACACACACGCAGUGGCUCAGGGGAGAGUGUGAGCGCUUCGACAGGUGAAUCCUUCCUCUGAUAAUGACAGGUUUGGUGGAGGAGGAGGAGGAGGACUAGAGGAGGAGAGUGGGGUCUUGAGACAUACCCCCUCCCC